GGGCGGCGGGCGGCGCGGGGCCGGCGGGCUGACGGAGCCGGCACUGGGAAGUUUGCGCUGCGGCUGAGAGCCAGGGUGCGGGCCCCGCCGGCCUUGCGCGCCCGCUGCCAUGGCUUUCCGCAGGAGGACGAAAAGUUACCCGCUUUUCAGCCAGGAGUUCGUCAUCCACAACCACGCGGACAUCGGCUUCUGCCUGGUGCUGUGCGUCCUCAUCGGGCUCAUGUUCGAGGUCACAGCCAAGACCGCCUUCCUAUUUAUUUUACCUCAGUAUAAUGUUAGCGUGCCUACAGCAGACAGUGAGAUGGUGUACUACCACUAUGGCCCGAAAGACCUGGUCACAAUCUUGUUCUACGUCUUCAUCACCAUCAUCUUGCACGCUGUGGUUCAGGAGUACAUUUUAGAUAAAAUCAGCAAACGACUUCAUCUCUCCAAGGUCAAACACAGCAAGUUCAAUGAAUCCGGGCAGCUGGCCGUUUUUCAUCUCAGCUCAGUGACGUGGUGCUUCUAUGUGGUGGUGACGGUCCUGUGGAGGCCAAGGCCGUGGCAUUCCCACGCGUGCCUGCAGGACCACAAGAUUGAUGCACUCUGCCUUGCUGCAGGAGGACUUGUGUUUCCAGCCACCGCUGAGGAAGGAUACAUAACGAACCCCCGGAGCCUCUGGGAAGACUACCCACAUGUGUACCUCUCUUUCCAGGUGAAGUUUUUCUACCUGUGCCAGCUGGCCUACUGGCUCCAUACCCUUCCUGAGCUCUACUUCCAGAAGGUACGGAAGGAGGAAGUUCCCCGCCAGCUGCAGUACAUUUGCCUGUACCUGGUCCACGUGGCUGGCGCGUACCUCUUAAACCUGAGCCGCCUCGGCCUCGUCCUGCUGCUGCUGCAGUACUCCACGGAGUUCCUCUUCUACACGGCUCGACUCUUCUACUUUGCAGAUGAGAACAAUGAGAAGCUGUUUAAUGCCUGGGCUGCCACAUUCGGGGUCACGCGCCUCUUCAUCCUCACCCUCGCCGUGCUGGCCAUCGGCUUUGGGCUGGCGCGCACGGAAAACCAGACAUUUGACCCAGAGAAAGGGAACUUCAACAGCUUGCUCUGCAGGCUCCUCGUGCUGCUGCUGCUGUGCACCGCCCAGGCCUGGCUCAUGUGGCGCUUCAUCCACUCCCAGCUGCGGCACUGGCGGGAGCGCUGGACCGAGCAGAGUGCCAAGCGGAGGCUCCCGGCCACCCCUAGGCUCCCGGCCAGGCUCACCAAAAGGGAAACUGGUUACCAUGAAAAUGGAGUGGUGAAAGCGGAGAACGGAGCCUCCCCGCGGACUAAGAAGCUCAAGUCUCCUUAAGUCCAGAGCAUCCGCAGGAAUCCGCCACGGGCCGGAGCUGAGCCUGGAGCUGCCCCUCACUCUGCACAGCGCCCACCCGGUCCUCGGGAACUGUCUGCAGAGGGGCUUGGUCUCUUGCCUCCUGGCUUUCUCUUCUUCCUCGACCUUUCUCAAUAAAGCCAAAAAUGUCUCUUUCCCCCCCUUCAGGCCACCUCAUGGCCUCACCUGUGCCAGGUGGGGUUUUCUGGAAACCCAGACUCUUCACGGUUCUCUUUUGCUUGCCUUUUCUUUCUCUUCAUUCACGGCUGCUGCUGUUUCUUUUUACUUCUUCAUUUUACCCUCACGUGCAAUUUUUCUGUGUCUGGUUUUCACAACGGGAGGAAGCUAAGGCCGGCAGCGGGCAGCCUCCGCCUGUGGCCCGCGCAGAGGGCGAGCGCGCAUCUCCCUCCUGGGUCCACCUUCUGGUGCUGACAGACAGAUGCAGAGAUGCAGAUUCCACCUGGCGGGGCUCCUGGCAGCUCCAUCACGGACACUGCUGUCCUGUGGUUCUCAGGCCAAUGCACGCUGCGUUCAGGAGGACACGGCUUCCCACGGGGAACAAGGCCAGGUACGCUGAGCGGCAGCAAGGACUGCAGUCAGUGGACUUAAGCCUUUCUCCACGGGCUGACAGCCGCACAUCUUCCGCCAUUCACCAGCAUUCAAAACCAAACCAAACAGCUGUUAGCGGACCUGCCCAGAUGUCCCUGGAGCCCGUGGGGGCCAGCCUCGCUGCCUGAGUGUCAUCUCUAGCUGCAUGGACGCCCAGCCACAGGUCGCCACCCACGCCAGCCCAGUGUCUCAGAGGGUCACCCGGCCGCCUCAUGUUGGCCUCAUUUGUUGGGUGCUGUUGGGAGCUGCUGUCGUUGCUCAUGUAUGUCAUGCAGGGAGGGAGCUAGGCCCCAGUCCGUAGCUUCUCAGUGGGAUGAGCAGGUGUGGCCAUGAGGGCAGGUGGCUUUCAGCCCCCUCCAGCCAGCAUUCUUUCCUCUGUGUCCACCUGAACACAGGGCUAUCAAGUCUUCAUGGUGCUUGGGGGGGAGGGGGGGUCUAGGCUUUCAGAUGUCCUGACUCAGCGUCUGUGACCCUGUGCUGAGGGUGGGGGAGCACAGGGCACCGGCAUGUUAGUGUCACCUGGCGCACCGGGGCUUUUGCUGAUGCCGUAAUAGAGACCACAUCUUGGGUUUUGAGCAGAAGUAAAGGUGGACCUUCUCCUGGAGGAGGCUCCCUGCUCCUCACCUGUGUUACAAAGGCAAGUUACUGAUAACGGAGGAUUUUUCCCAGCCACCAUGGCGCCAUCUCUCCGCUGAUGAGCAGGGGGAACUGGGAAGAUUGCCCUUAGCUUCCUUUGAUUACCUUAGGAAGCAGAACAGCAUCUGUGAAAGGAGGCGUCUCCCACCUUGCUCUCCUUAGCGGUACAGGGCAGCAGGGUGUGAGCUCAAUAGAGCUGGCCAGGGCCCCCAGCCUCGUGCUGCCCGCACUGCUGGGAGACCGUGUGGAGGCCAGUGUGGCCGUUCUGCUCUCCUAGGAGCCUGGCUGCCGGGGCUUCUCCCUAGGCUGUGUCUCUUCAGGAAGCCUCUGGGAGGCUGGGCAGAACUGCGAGGAGGGGACUGGGCCACAGGUGGCGUCCUGGGUCCAGCAGCCCCACGGUGUUACACUGUCCUUGCUGUCCCAGCGUACAGGGUACUGGCAGUGCCAUGGCUCCCUUCUCUGGAAGUCUCCAUGCAGUGGGCACUGCUGGUCAUUGUGCCUUAGGUGUGGGGCCACAGUCCCAGGGGCCUGGGGCCUGAGGAGAAGCAUUUGCUCAGGGGCAGGAGACGGCACAGUCGUAGCUGUUAUCAGCGGGUAUGUUGGUUGCUUCAUUUUUCUGUGGUCUCUCCUAUCUCCAGUCAAAGUGCCAAACCAGUUGUGAAAGCCCUGUCGGGCCCUCCCAGGGUGAGAGGCCAGCAAAGCCCCGGGACCGACCGGGGCAGAAGGUGCUAAUCUACCUCAGCAGCCACUUGCCCGGUGGCAUACCUCCCUGGCACACCUGUGGGGACACCAGCAGGUGGCAGUGGAGGGAGAGCUUAGCCUUGGCUGGAAGGAGGCCCUGGGGCUGGUGCUUCUCCUGGGAGGUUCAGUGAUAGGAAAAUGAUCUUCACUGCAGUAGCUGCACCGCCAGUGAUUCUGCAUGCUCCUCUGAAGGGAGGGUGGCAGUGGGGAAGGGAAGCCGCCUCUCCCCGAGUGGCAGUCCUGGCCCCGUGUUCGCGGGCCUGCCGACAGACAUGGGUGCUGAGAGGCUCACCUAGUCCUGUCCCAAGGCAGAACACGACAACCCUGGGGGGAACCAACUUGGGGACCCGUGCGCUGGCCUCUUCAUCCCUGAUGUUCUGGGCCGGGGCCUGGGACCUCUGAGGCUGUGCGUCUAAGGCUUUCUUUUGGCACCACCUUCCUCAGCUCGCCUUGACCUUCUGCGGGGUGGAUAAGUAGGAACAGCAUGCACAACCUGUAGAAAUUCCAUCAUCGAGACACUGCUUCGCAUGCUAGGGGAGCCCUUCAGGCUUCUUUGUUGUGCUCCGGCUUUCCCAGUUGGUUUUGCUAAGGAGGGAGAAGGCAGGGCACCCUCUGGCCCUUCCGUGCCCGGAGCCCUCACCCCACUGCACAGCUGUCAGUGCAGUGAUGAAGAGGGGCUGUGGGACCCAGGGUCAUCAGCAUUUUGUGCUUGGGGCUUCUGUCCUUGUCCCGACCAAACCCCUGUCUUUUCAUAUGCAUGUGCCUUAAACUGCUGUGUGCCUUCGCCUGCACUGUGCGCCCGGCUGCUGGGGUGGAGGGCUGCUGGGUGAUGCAGCAGAGGGGGUGCAGAGCGGGUGUGUGGAGCGACAGCGCCCCUUGUCGGUGCCUCUGGCUUCGCAGCAUAGAAACAGAGGUGGCCUUGCUCCAUCCUUCUCCCGCCUGUGUGACUUCCUGCAGCUCUGAGGAAGGCAUUUGCCGGUACUCCCUCAUCCUGGGGUUGCUUACGGGUGCCCUGUGUGGCCCACAAGCACAGACCUGACUUCUGAGUCAGCUGGUCUCGGCAGCAGCCCUUGCCUGCCUGUUCCCGUUCCUCCGGGUUGUGCAAUAACUGUCCCUGCCAGUGGGCCUUCCACAGGCCCUUCUGUCCCUGAUACCCUGCAGUAGGGGAAAGGGACCCACAGGAAGGGUUGUUAUUCCUUACAGGUGUGUGUGUCAGCCUCUUUCCCUCUGUUGCUGUCAUUUUCAUGAUUCUGGGAGAGUUUUAUGAUGCUCUUAAAAGUCCUUACAUUUAAAAAAAAAAAAAAAGAAAGACCAUUCUCAGGCAGGGACCCAAGUCAUUGUCAGGACUGAGAUCUGUUUUGAUGCUGGUAGCAUUGCUGCCGCUCUGCUAAGUGUGUUCCGCAGUUUCUCAUUCCUGUGGAGAAGAUGGAGAUUUCUCGAGCCUCUCCGGUGGGGCCUGUCCCCUGCUAGAUCAGCUGUGGGGUCCCACCGCCUGCUGGACAGACUCCAGUGUGCGUGGUGACGUGCUGAACCUCGCUUUUUAGUUCCUCCUCAAACACCUGAAGGGCGAGCUGAGGCUGCUGGCACCCGAGCAACCCCUAAUGCAAUGUGGACACGGCAUCUGUGCGUCUACGCAGCCUCCUCAUGUUACGGACCAAAUUGCAACAAGGAACUCAAGGAACUUUGUACCUGCGUAUUUAUGCUUUCAUGUAACAGGGUUGGGGGAGGGUCAUCUUUUUACUUUUGGUGAACCUUUUUCAAAAUCCUGUUUCCACUGUUUCUGUCUGGUUUUAAAGCAAAUCACAGUUUUGUAUGGAUUUUUUAAAUGUACAUUUUGGAAAAAAUCAAAUAUUUUCUGAAAUAACUGAAUAAAAGGCAUAGUUAUCAGUC